UUGGUAAUAAAGAUGAUCUUAUUACAUUUAUUGAUGUUAAAACUUCUAAAAUUAUACGAGAAGAACAAUUUCGUUAUGAAGUGAAUGAAAUAUCUUGGGAUCGAUCAGGAAAUCUAUUUGCUGUUACGACUGGGCAUGGUUCAGUUGUAUUCUUUGAUGCACCUGGUAUUCAAAAAGAAAAAGAUAAACCUUUAGAAGAAUUACAUUGUUUAACAGCACAUACAGGCAAUUGUAUUUGUCUAGAAUUUGAUACAACAGGAAAAUAUUUUGCUGUUGGUGCAGCUGAUGCAUCAGCAUCAAUCUGGGAUGUUUCUCAACUUGUUUGUCUUACUGUUCUUACUAGAAUUGAAUGGGCCGUACGUGGUCUUAGUUUUGGUCAUCAAUCACAAUUACUUGCAUUAGCUUCAGAAGAUCCUUAUAUAGAAAUUGCUAAAGUUGAUACUGGUGAACGUGUAUAUGCAUUAAAAUGUGAUGCACAAACAUUAGCAGUGGCUUGGCAUCCAAAAGCAUCCGUUCUCGCUUAUGUUCAAGAUGAUGAUUCAGGAAGUGUUCGUCUAUUUGGUGUACUUGAUUGA